UUGUCCACACUCCAGUCCAGUUGGUGGCGGUAAUGCACCUACAAGUUGGUUUGCCAACCGCCAAUAAACACGAAAGAAGAAGAAGAAGAAGAACAACAACAACAACAAAUUAACCACCUUAUCAGGUAAAGACCAAAAGGUCGUUCAGCCUGACGUUUCAUUCAAACGUGGAUGUUGUCAUCGCACUUCUCACUCUUCUUUACUUUAGUUUAGCAUUUCAGUUCAAAGGCUUGGCGCCAUGGCGAGGCCUUUCCACCUGAACACCCCCCUGCUGGAGAGCGUCAGCAUGACCCAGCGUGUGGGGACCCCGGUGUUCCUGAAGAUGGAGAACUCUCAGCCCUCGGGCUCCUUCAAGAUCAGAGGCAUCGGCCACCUCUGCCAGCAGCUGGCCAAAGACUCUAAAGGAGUCGUCUGCUCUUCAGGUGGAAAUGCUGGGAUGGCAGCAGCGUACGUAGCCAGGAAGAUGUGUGUCCCGGCCACCAUCGUGGUCCCCUCCUCCACCCCUCAGCUGGUGGUGCAGAGGCUCAGGGACCAGGGGGCCACGGUCAACAUCACAGGAAAGGUUUGGGAUGAUGCCAAUACAGAGGCUCUGAGACUGGCAGAGACUGAAGGACUCACCUAUGUCCCUCCAUUCGACCACCCCCUGCUCUGGCAGGGCCACAGCAGUGUGAUCUCUGAGGUGGCAGCCUCUCUGGAGGAGAAGCCUGGAGCAGUGCUGCUGUCUGUGGGCGGGGGGGGGCUCCUCUGCGGAGUCAUCCAGGGCCUGAAGGACGUGGGCUGGACGGAUGUACCCGUCAUCGCUAUGGAGACGGUGGGCGCCGACUGUUUCAGCGCUGCGGUUAAAGCGGGGAGGUUGGUCACGCUGGAUGACAUCACUAGCGAGGCCAAGUGUCUCGGAGCGAAGACGGUUUGUAGGAAGGCGUUUGAGUUCAGUCAGAGUGGAGAGAUCUCCAUCAUCUCUGAGCUGGUGACGGACCAGCAAGCUCUGAGCGCCGUGGAGACGUUCCUGGAUGAGGAGCGUGUGUUGGUGGAGAUGGCGUGUGGAGCAGCACUGGCAGCCGUCUACAGCGGACUCGUACACAGAUUACAGGAUGAAGGUAUGCUCUGGAGUCUUCCUCACCUUCAGAAACACUCCUCUACAACACAAACACUGACGCUGUGUGUGAGACUGGAUUUAGGAGACAUCACUAUAUGGUUCAGAAAUCCAGCAUGUCUUUUUUUUCUCGUGGCAGCUCUUCUCUUAUGUGUGGUGCUUUACUGCACAUUAUAAGACCUUUUCAGACGAGAGCCCUGUGUGUAAAAUAUGUUCAAAACGUGAGACUCCUGCAGAUGAUGGUCAGAUGCUCUUCUCUUCCUUCAGGCCGGCUGCCGGCCCCCCUCGGCCCCCUUCUGGUGAUCGUGUGCGGGGGCAGCAGCAUGGACAUGGAGCAACUGAGCCAUCUUAAACACAAACUGCACACUUAAAGUACUGUGUGUGUGAGCAAGUGUGAGUGUGUGGGGGUGCAUAGCAACACGUGUCUAUGUGACCGGCCAUUGUUGGGCAACCACUGCUAAAAAGUAGCAUCAGUUCAGUGAAUGAUGUCCGGACGGAUGAGUGAGAGCUAAAUGAUUUCUGGGAAUAAGAACAAUUACAAGAGCUAUAACAUGUGAUUUAAAAGCAACUGUGUGUGUGGAGUAGCAGAAAAUAUAAAAAAUGCAAUAGUUUCUUAGAAAUCCCAAAUGUCUUCAGUUCUGAAUGAUUGAGUGAGUCAUUGAAUAUGAUGUAACCUCAAUCAGGCUCUCAGCUCUCUGAGCUGUCAGAACACAAUGACUGGUUUGUCCACAUGGUGGCGCCACAGAGUCACUUUCCAGAAACACACCGGCCGUCCACAGCCUGAUACAGAAACUUCAUGGGGAAAAACGUUUCAAAUGUAUUUUUUUAUGUAAUUAAUCAUAAAUGAUCAGCAUGUCUUCUCUUUUUUUGUUUUAUGGGUCCAAUGCAGAAAUACAUUUUAAAUUAAAACGACAGACCCUUUAAAGCUGGAUUCUUUUGUGUCACUUUCACUUGAAUCGUACAGUUAGUGGUGCUUGUGGAAAGUUAUUACCAUGGAAACAGCUCCUCACUGUUCUGCCUGCUGUUGGAGUGUUGGAUUUAACAACCUGUUCAGUCUUUGCCUUUUUAUCUCUGUUGUUAUAUAACAUUAGUUUAACAAAAACUUACAAAGUAAUAUAUAUGUACUGACUAU